AGCCGUAUGUUGCUGAAACUGGUGUUGAUGAUAUCGCUGACAGCGAUGGAGGCGAUUCUAGCAGUGAUGACGGCAUACCGCUGGCUCAGCUGGCUACGCCUAAUAACAAUAGAAGACUUUCAAUGGAAAAAAAGACUUUCGUCCACCUGAAAUAAACUUUCAGGGAGUGCCUCUGGAACCAACCGACCCAAGGGGGAUAUUGCAAACCCCACUGAUGUAUUUCCGCCGAUUUGUCACCAACGAAAUGCUGGAACUUAUUGUUGAAUACACCAAUAGGUACAGUGUACAGAAAGACGGAAAGUGUGUCAGCACAUGUGUAAAAGAAAUAGAAUUGGUUUUAGGCAUUUACUUCCGCAUGGGAGUAGUUGAAAUGCCAUCGGUGAGAAUGUACUGGGAGAAUGAGUCUCGAUAUGGGCCAGUGGCAGAUGUCAUGAGUAGAAAUAGAUUUCAGACAUUACUGACAUUCAUUCACUUUGUGGAUAAUGAGGCAGCUACAGAUGAUGAUAGGAAAGACAAACUGUGGAAAAUAAGGCCAUUUGUCAACAUGUUUCGUGAACAGUGCAUACAAGUAACUCCAAAGCAACAACAAUCCAUUGAUGAAAUGAUGGUUCCCUACAAAGGCAAAUUCAGUAAAAUCAGACAAUACAUAAAAGGGAAACCUCAUCCUUGGGGGUUCAAGGUGUGGGCAAGGUGUUCUGUUAGUGGAUUACUACAUGACUUUGACAUCUACCAAAGGAACGGUGGUAAUAAGACUAAAGCAAGUGAACUAGGAUUAGGUGGGGAUGUCAUUGUGAAACUUUGUGAAACACUUCCAACAAACAAGGACUACCAGGUCUUUGGAGAUAAUUUCUUCACAUCAGCAGGACUACUCGUAAAGAUGAAGCAACUGGGUUUCCACUACACUGGGACUGUUCGAAAGAAUCGUCUCGCCAAAUGCCAGUUGAUCGGUGGCAAGGAAAUCGCAAAGCAAGGACGAGGGUCAUAUGAUUAUCGUGUGAAUACUGUGCACAACAUCGUCUGCCUAAAAUGGCAAGAUACCAAGGCAGUAACUCUCAUGUCAACCUACGCUGGGUCAGAGCCAUUGGAGUAA